GUGACAGUGAGUGAGCUCUCUCUUCAUCUGUGGGACUUAGUCUAGUUCGUCCAUACGUGUGUAGCCUGGAUUCAUGUGCUAACGGUAACUGGGUCACUAUUGUCCGAGCCUCUCUUCCACGGUAUGCUCUGCCGUUAGGUUCAAUUAAUUGAAUAGCCAUGUUGACUCCAGUAAUUUUGACAUUAGCUGCUUUAUAUACCCCUUUGCUCGCUCAUAGAACACCAGAUCAGCCCGAUGAUAUCCCCCGAAUCACAGUGUAUCCAGUACGCAUUGACAUGCAUGGGGUUGCCUAUCCUCAUCACUUACAGUUUAGGAGAAAAGGCCAAGCAACAUGGCAUGGAAAAACGCGCUACAAAUUCCAAGGCUACAAUCGCACGUGGGUCAUUGAAUUGCAGCCAUACCAUCAUCAUAUGAAAUUUAACCAGACGAAGUUAGAAGUCCGAACUGUUGUCCAAUCAGGAUGCUACUAUAAAGGUCGUGUGAUUGGUGAAAUAAAAUCUUCAGUAAAAGUCAGCCUUUGUGAAGGAAUGACGGGUGACAUUCAUUUAUCUGAGGGUGAUUACGUAAUCUCUCCGUUUUCGUACAAUGCAAGCUCAUUCCAUCCUCAUCAUCUAUCACCUUUGCAACACCCCGACUCGGAGCGCCAGUGGAGGCCUUUGCUUUCUGAAGACGUCCAAUUCUGCGACGUCAAAGAUGAGCACAUGAACCAUGAAAAACAAGAACCGUUGCUCAACCGUUUCGAAUCAGAUUCUCCAUCCAACUCAUCAGCACCUCAUAUCCGAAAAAAGCGGUCUGAGUCCCGAGAGCUACAUUUGGAAGUAUUGGUGGUGGCUGACAGUAAAAUGGCUAGAUACCAUGGACCCAACUUAGAUCAUUACAUUUUAACUUUAAUGUCAACUGUUGCCCUUAUUUAUAAGGAUCCAAGUAUUGGAAACCACAUCAACAUUGCCGUCGUAGAUAUUGUCGUCCUCAAUGAAACAGCUGACAACGAAAUAAUUCAUCAUAUUGCACCUAUUACUCUCAGAAAAUUUUGUCGCUGGCAACACAAGCACAACAGGGCUCACGAUAGUGAUCCCAAACAUUAUGACACUGCCAUUUUAAUCACAAGGGAAGAUCUUUGCCGAUUCCCUGGUGCCUGUGAUACACUAGGAUUAGCACAGUCUGGGAUGGUUUGCGAUUCAGAAAGCAGCUGCGCUAUUGUUGAAGACAAUGGUCUUAGCGCUGCCUUUACUAUUGCGCAUGAAUUAGGACACGUAAUGAGUAUACCUCAUGACGAUGACUCCAAAUGCUCUAGGUUUCAUUCUCAGAAAAAGAAACUGCACGUCAUGGCUAGAAUGUUAGACUACAAUUCCCACCCUUGGAGUUGGUCAGAAUGCAGUCGACAAUACUUAACAACUUUCUUUGAUAUUGGAUAUGGACGCUGUUUAAUGGAUAAACCUGGUAGAAAUCGGUUAUUACUAGACGACGAAUUUCAACAACCACCAGGACAACUCUAUCCCCGAGAUCGGCAGUGUGAACUUGUUUUUGGACCAAAGUCUAGAAUUUGUCCUUACAUGCCCGAAUGCAAGAGGUUAUGGUGUACAAUGGAUGGUGAUUCUGCACAAGGUGGUUGUCGAACUCAACAUAUGCCAUGGGCAGAUGGUACAUUGUGUGGGGAAUCAAAAAGAUGCCAUCAAGGUGAAUGCAUGCGCUACCGACCAGCUGGACUGACUCCCAUUGAUGGUCAGUGGGGUAAAUGGAAACCAUUUGGAACGUGUUCACGAACUUGCGGUGGUGGAAUUCAGCAAGCCUUCAGAGAAUGCGAUUCUCCUAAACCUUCAAACGGUGGACGUUAUUGUACUGGAAUUCGGGUGAAAUACAAGUCUUGUAAUACUCACGAUUGUGCCCGUGGGAGUGGUGAUUUCAGAGCUCAACAGUGCGCAGAGUUUAAUGGUAAAGAUAUUAAUCUGCCAGGUGUACCCCAGUGGUCGACGAAAUGGGUACCACAAUAUACUGGAAUUCCUCCUAAUGACAAAUGCAAAUUAUAUUGCAAGAUCAAUGAUUCCUCCUCUUAUUUUGUUCUACGUGAAAAAGUUAUUGAUGGUACACCAUGUGACUUAGGCUCAUUUGAUAUAUGUGUAAAUGGAAAAUGUGAGAUAGCUGGUUGUGACCAUAUUCUUCAUUCUAAAGUUUCACUUGAUCGUUGUGGUGUUUGUGGGGGAUCUAACAACACAUGCAAAGAAAUAAAAGGGCAAUUUAACAGAAAAGUUGAUUAUGGUUACCAUAAUGUAGUAAUGAUACCACCAGGAGCCAGUAAUCUUAGAGUAAUACAGCACAGUCCAGAUGGAAGUGUCGAUGACAACUAUAUUGCAUUGAAAGAUGCAUCUGAAAAGUACAUUUUGAACGGAGACUUCAUGAUCAGCAUGUUCCCGAAGACUUUAGCAUAUCAUGGAAUAACUAUCGAUUAUUCUGGCAGCCACUCUGUGAUAGAACAUAUAAAUAGUUCUGAUCCACUUACAAAAGACUUAUUUGUCCAGGUCCUGGUUGUUGGAAAGCUUCAGCCACCGAAUAUUAGCUUCAGUUACACGGUUCCUCUUACUGGUACUCAGCUAUACAGUUGGAAACUAGCGACGCAAUAUUCAGAAUGCACAAGAUUAUGUAAUGGUAUAAGUUCUUUAAAGCCUAUAUGUGUUCGAUUAUCGGACCAAUAUCCAGUGAAUGAAGACCAUUGCAAUGAUAUUUCGAAGCCCAGUUUACAAAAAACUCGGAAAUGCAACGAACAUUGUAUCCUUAAAUGGCAAGAUGUUAGCAAGUUAGACUGUUCAGUUCAAUGCCGAAGAGGAAUUCGUCAUAGAAUAAUUAAAUGCAUGAAGGAAGAAAUUUCUACUAGAAUAGCUCAUGCUGUGCCAGAAGAACACUGCAUGCAUUUAGGUCCAAAACCAAGUUCUCAAGAAAAGUGUUCUGUCUCUUGUCGCAAUUCAUCAUGGAUAUAUUCGGAUUGGUCAGAGUGUUCAGUAUCAUGUGGAACUGGUACUCAACAACGUACUUCUGAGUGCCGCAAUGCUGAAAAUAUUAAGCAACCAGAUGAUCAUUGUGAUUCAUCUACUAAAGUUGUGUCAAAAGUAUGUGACCAAGGUCCAUGCCCUCACUGGAUGGUUGGAAACUGGACUGAAUGUUCUGUGACAUGCGGCCUUGGUGUGAAGCAACGACCCUUUUGGUGUCAACAUGAAAACAAAUAUGUCGAUCGACGCUAUUGUGAAGAUGACAACAUUCCUAUUGCAAAAGAAACAUGUAACAUGGGGGAUUGUUUUGAAUGGAAAACAGGUCCUUGGGAACCGUGUCCAGUAAAAUGUGGAAAUGGUACUACACAUCGAGUUCUAAGUUGCCAGUCCUCGUCUGAUCAAAAAGUUGAUGAAUCUUAUUGCUCUUCUUUAAAUCGACCUCCAGCAAGUAAAAGUUGUUCUUCUGGCCUGUCUUGUUCCAGUAAUCUUGGUAUCAAGAAGAAGAAUCCUCUGCAGAAUCGUUUCAAAGAAUGGAAGCCUCCCCCUUUACGCACCCUUAGUGACACUAACUCUAUUCCGGAAUUUAAUCGAGCUAUUUGGAAGGAAGGAAGAUGGUCGAAGUGCUCAAAUACUUGUGGUGAAGGCGUAAAAAGGAGAACAAUAACUUGCCAUGAUUCUCAUGACGACUCACGCCUUUCUUUGAGUUAUUGCGAUUCCAAAAGGAAACCUAAGACCACAGAAAAAUGUAUUGGUAGACAGUGUACUCAUUGGGAAACUGAAGAAUGGUCUGAGUGUUUCUGCGAUUCAAAAUCGAAAAGUAGGAAAGUUACUUGCAUUAUAGAAAAAAACAAAUUCGGGAUUAAUGAGUGCAACAUAGAAGAAAAACCGCAUUCUUCUGAAAAUUGUGAAUGUAUUCAUAAAAUGCAUAUCCAGCCUCAUGCAGUAAACUAUUCUGAGUGGAAAAUUGGUCCGUGGGCUGAAUGCUCAGUUUCCUGUGGCAAUGGUGUGAAACGUCGCCAAGUUGUUUGUUAUAAUAUUUUUGAUGGAGUCGAAAGUUUCGAUUGUGAUCUACAUCGUAAACCGUCAGAAACACUUGAAUGCAAUAACGGCCCGUGUCCAGACUGGUCUGCAGAUAAAUGGAGUGAGUGUAGUGUUUCCUGUGGAAAUGGAACGCAAGUACGUUCUGUUCUUUGCUUUAAUGAUAAUGGAGAAAUAAUGCCUGAUAGUUCAUGCAACCUGCUAAAGAAGCCUAAAGAAGAACAAUCUUGUUUCAAGAAGUCUUGCUCAGAAUUAACUUAUGAAUUCAAUUGGAUUAUAGGACCAUGGCCCCAGUGCUCUGCAACCUGUGGCGAAGGGACUCAGUAUCGCAGUGUGGUUUGUGUAAAUGCUGAAGGUCAUGAAGAGGUUGAAGAAAAAUGUCCCUCUCCGAAACCUACUGUUGUACAAUCUUGUUUGUUAAGCUUGUGUUCUAGCUGGAAAUGGUCAGAAUGGAGUCAGUGUCCCAAAAGUUGCGUGUUUCAUCAACAAUAUCGACAUGCUCACUGCAUUCGGGGCGAAAGGAUAGUUAAUGAUGAAGAUUGUUUUGAGCCUAAACCUGCAACUGAGAGAAGGCAAUGUAAAAUUCCUCCCGAGUGCUCUUAUAAGUGGCGCAAAGGAAUUUGGUCACAGUGUUAUGCGUCUUGUGGAUCUACUUACAAAACCCGUGAAGUUGUUUGUGUUGAUAAUGAAAAUAAUCGUGUGCCUGAAGAAUUGUGUUCCUCUCAGAAUAGACCUAAAAGAAAGCGAAAAUGCAAUCUAAAAUCCUGUCCUUAUACCUGGGUAUCAGGACAGUGGUCUGAAUGUUCGAAGACGUGUAAUGAAGGUAUUCGACAACGUCAUGUGGCUUGUCAUGCUGUAAAUGAGUAUGGCUGGGUUGAACCUGAAGAAAUUGAGAAGCAUUUUUGUGUAAUGGGAGCUCGAGAACCUAAGACCGUAGAAGCAUGCAAUUAUGGUAACUGCUCUAGUGGAUUCAUCUGGAAGCCAGAAGAAUGGCAAUCGUGUAAAGGACCUUGUCAAAAUGCAAAACAGAAACGCAAAUUGCACUGUUUUGAUUUAGAAGGAAAAAGAGUUCCGAAUCGAAGAUGUAAUCCAUCUUUCAAGCCAAAAAAGAAAAGACGGUGCUCUUCAUCUCCUGAGUGUCCUCCAAAGAGCUGUAUGGAUAUUCAUAAUUCCCAAGGAAAAACAGAUAAUGGAAAUUACCAAAUUGUUGUUAGAGGGAAGCUUGUUAUUGUGUAUUGUAAUGCUAUGGAUACACCAUAUCCACAAGAAUACAUAAAUUUGCGGGAUAGGAACUAUGCAGUAAUACAUUCAACAAAUUUAGGAAGCCAGUAUGAUACUUCUGAACGCUGUCUAACUACUAACGUCGGUCGUGAUUGCGAUUGUGACAGAAAAGAUUUCGGAUAUACUGUAUUUACAAAAAUAGCCUUAAAUAUAUCUAGCCUGAAAUUAAUUACUGAUGAUUUUACAUUUAGUCAAACUUAUCAUGGUAAACCUGUGCCUUAUGGAACUGCGGGAGAUUGUUUUAGAAGACCAGAUUGCCCACAAGGCAUGUUUUUCAUCUCUCUUCAAGGAACUGGCUUCCGAGUAGCACAGGACACUAAUUGGAUAUCAAGAACUGGUGCUGGUCAAAUUUUCAUUCGAAGAACUAUGAAUGACGAAGUUGUAAAAGGCAAAUGUGGAGGUUAUUGCGAUUUAUGUAUUCCUGACCCCAAAAUUGGUCUUGCGGUUGAUAUUUCGUGAUGAUCAAGAAAUUAACUAAAUUUUAUCAGUAUUCUUCAUCAGUUGUAAUCAUCUCUGGAAAGCAUUGUGAAUAGGCAUGACUCUCAUCCAAGAUCUUGUGUUCAUCUCUUCGGAAAUGUGAUUGUUUUUGAACUGGAUAUAACAUGACAUUUAGAAUAUAAGAAGUCGUUUUUUCUCUCAUACAUGCAUCCAAUUUUGAUUGAUGCAGUGAUAGUAAAUGUGCAUGUAUGUCAAAUUAAGGAGGAGAAGGUGAAUCUCUUAUGACCCGAUAGAAAUUGAAUGCACAUCUCAUCAUUUUUAUGUGCGUCUGUCUUUGACCCUAAGUGUUCUUUUCUGAUUAUGUUUUAAAAUCAGUAUUCUUAUGCAAAAAACAUGUGUAAGGUGAUGGUUGAAUUGUAUUUAGAGCAGUGAUGUAGCGAGCACGGAGCAAGGGAUGCCUCGAACGUCAAGAAAAUAGAAUAUUGCGCUUAUGCCAGUUUUAAAAGACGAGGGGGGGGGGGGCAUUCCUUGGACGUCCUUUAUCGUUGCCAAACCACUGAUGGUGACUGUGGACAAAAUAAUCAUUUUAAGACCCGAGCGCCUCUUACUUCGCUACGUCAUUAAAUUAGAGAAGCAAAUGAUAAUCACACGAAUUUUGAUCAGAUCUUUUGACAUGUGAAAAAAUGCAUCAUAUGCAAGCACUUUUAUGCCGAUGCUAUUUAUUUUAAUUUGCAUUUUUGUUAAUAUAUACACAAACUAUUUAUCUUACCAGAUGCAAUGCAUUUCUGAGUUUAGCAUUAAAUAAGGAGUACCAUUUAAUGGAUUUUAUUUAUUUUGUUUAGAUAGACUGCCAAUGAAUUUUCAGCUAAUGUUAAGUUUGAUUUUUUUUAUUUAUUUAUCAAAAAAUUUUGAGUAAUUUGAUACUUAGUAUUAACUUUGAGCUGAAUAAAUUUCCCCGUAUUAAAUGUUUCUAAGUAUAUCAUUAUUAAUAGCAAUGAAUUUUUAGCAUGUGUUUUUAAUAUACUGUUUAAUUUUAUGUCAGAUAUGAAUAUUCACAUGUUCGUGAAAAUAACUUUAGAUUACUUUUUUCAGUUAUUUUUACAAUAUCUGAAAUAUAUAAUAAGUUCCUACAUGGAGGCUGUGGUAUUAUUAGUUUGUAAUAAUGCAUUUAAAAUGAUUAUUGAAGCAAUUUAAAUAAUUUUAAAUUUAUUUUUGUGAUUCAAGAUGUUUAUCCUGUGGCUGUAUUUUUCAGUGUAUUAUAUUUGAUACCUAUUUAAUAUCAUUUGUUAAACAAUACAUUUAUAUUUAUUUAAUAUAUGUAAUUAUAGAUGUAAAUUCUCUGAAUUUGUAAAUACUGUCUUUGUGAUGUUCGGUUCUAACUCAAGCUGUUUUUCUUUUGACGUGUCUACCUCAUCUUAUGAGAACUUUUGAAUGUAAAGUGUUAUUUAUUUAGUAAUUUUUAUUUUUGUAAGGUGAAGAUGAAAUCUCAUAAUUUAAUUUUUUUUUUCCUUCGCACUGCCAUUUUUCCUUCUAUCAUUUCAUGUGUCGAUUCUGAAGCAUCUUCAGCUGUUACUGCGGCAUUACUCAUUCAGCUGCAAGUAUCUGUCAUGGUUGAUGUCAGUGUUGUUUCAAAUUGUACAUAACCAUGUGACACUGCCAAAAUUUUUACCCAUAUGGUGUGGACCAAUAGUGUACAUAUAUUUGUAUAAAUGAUUUAAAUGAGUGAAUGCGGAAGAAUAAAUGGUAACUGCCUUUUAAAGAACACGAUGCAUAAAAUGUGUUCUUUUUGUAAUAAGAUUUACAAGGCGGAAAUUUUCUUUUAUUAAUUUUUGGGUUUGUAUGACAUUCAAAUUUUUUAGUUCGAUUUUAUUAGAUUUUCUUAUAAUAAAUUUUCGUAGCACAUUGUAAAUGUUGUUGUUAUUAUUUUGCAAUGAUAUAAGUUUGAUCUGCCAAAAUAAUUUUAUUUUACUCUUAACUGCCGAGUCUAACAGUACAAUUUUUAGAUUGUGCGAAUCUAGUUUCCAAAAUUAUUUGAUAAUUAUGCCUGUCAAAUCAAUUUUAUGUAUACAUGCUAUCUCCAGCCCUUGUUUUUAUGUAAAUGACCUUUAUCAAUCAAUGCAGAAAACUAAUAAAAAUGUAUAUAA